AUGUGUUUCUUUUAAUGCUAUUCCAAAGAAAUGGGCUGGCCAAACGACCAUUCUAUUUAAUGAUUGGAGUUUUAUCAUGUCAAUUAUUCAUUUGCCUCCGCCUGCCGCGUCAACAGACUUCCUGAAAAUGCUCGUGCCUCCCGUUCAGCUCAGGAAAGCUGAAAAACUCGGCAUGCAGGGGGGACAAAAUUCAGCAGGUUACCUAUAACAGCAUGAAUACAAGAGAGCUCAAAAGAGGAUAACCAUGCCGUGACACCCUGCUCCAGCCGUCCUCCUCCUGUGAUCUGUGGUGUUUUAUUUAUUUUCCAUUUUGGAAACUAUCCUGCAAGGAUUAAAGAAUAGGAUUCAAGGUUCAUGGAUAUCAAACACUGCAUUUUCUGGCAUUUUUUUAUUGGACGAGUACAUGUGUUCCCAUCACCACUACAAUCUCUGACACUGUUUUGGAGCAAGACCAGAAGGGACAUCCCUUUUUUUUUUCAUGUUCCUCAACCUUGUUUUUGGCGAGAUGUGUUGUUUUAGUUGUCCGCCUUGACAGAGUUUCCUUUUAAUUUUUUUAGCUGGACCAUUACCUCUGCUUUUUGUGCUUGUUUGUACCUGAAUUUUUUGGGGGGUUUGUUAUAACCACACUAUGUUUAUUUUGAUUAAGUUGUUCAUUUUGUGGUCUCUGACCUGAAUGCAGUGCAGUUUGUUAUUUGAAAUUGUGCUUACUAUUUUUAUUUAUCUGAAAACAGGAAAAUUGUUGAUGAUUUCUUUAUAUGAAUAUUUAUGUAUGAUGCACACAGAAUUCAGUUUUGUUUGACCUUGACAGUUUUGUUUGUUCUCAUUGUGAUGAUUUCCCAGCCAUUGCAGUCAGGCAAAGGCACAGUUGAGAAAAAAAGCAAAUAAUCUAGUUAAAUCCACAUAUUUGUGUUUAAGCAAAAUAUGAUAAUUUUGGGAUAUUAGCAAUGAUUAACAGGAAGUCUGUCUCAUAGAUUGUAGAAUCACAAGUUAAUGUGGUUUCUGUAUAUUGUGCUUUGAUCAUAUGUUAGUAACAGUUAGUAACAUGAUUGGGCAUUGUUUCAUACAAAAAGCACUGAUGUGAGAGAUUUAACUCUAUCAGGGAUACAAAAGCCUGCUGAAGUUUUUCUUUUUGAUUUGAAUAGACACCUGCUGACAAACUUACUGAAAAGCCCAUGAUGUGGGUUUAAAAAAGAUGACACAUUAUUACUCCCAGUGACCAUCUUCAUAAACUCCUCGAAACAUCCAGUGCUUCCGUCCAGAACAAAAAGUAAUCUCACUAGAGUGUAAAAGAGACCAAGAACAGGACUCUGCAUGAGGUGCUCAAGCUGUCCACUCCAAACAUACCCAUACCCGCACUGAACAUGCGCUCACCAGGCCCUGAGAGCCCAUCCAUGACUGAGGAGGCCCUCCUGCAUGGACAGUUUGGCGGUUGGAGCAGCGGAGGGGGAAGUGGAAGUAACAGUAGCAGCUGCCCCAACAGCCCUGGAGGUGUUUCUUUACCUUCCAGCCCUGCUUCCAACAGCUAUGCCCUGACCCUCACUCCCACACACAUCCAUGUCCAGCGGCUGUCUUCUCGCACUGGGAAGCAGUCCAGGUUAUUGCUGCCCCUGGCUGAGCUGACUGGCUGCAGCUGUCCGCGGUCACCAGCACCUCCUUUGCUGGUGCUUUACUGGUACCCUCCGGGUAAACGCCGGAAGGGUGUCUCCAGACACAGGCAGGUGAGGGCGUACUUGUCGGAGAGUAGAGCUGAGGUGGAGAAAUGGAAUGCUGCUAUACAUUGCCUGCUGAGGGGGAUGGAUGUCAGCUCCACUACAGAAUUUAGCAAAAGCAUGCUGCCUCGUCCCCGUCGACUGUUGCUGCUGGUAAAUCCAUUUAGUGGACGGGGUCAAGCAAUGCAGUGGUGUCAAACACACAUACUUCCAAUGAUCAGAGAAGCUAACAUCAACUACAACCUUAUACAGACAGAGCGUCAGAAUCAUGCUCGUGAGCUGAUUAGAGAAAUCUCGCUACCAGAAUGGGAUGGAAUCAUUAUUGUAUCUGGAGAUGGACUCUUGCAUGAGGUGAUAAAUGGCCUUAUGGAAAGGCCAGACUGGGAACAAGCAAUAAAAACUCCUGUGGGAAUUCUGCCGUGUGGCUCUGGGAAUGCACUUGCUGGUUCUAUCAACCACUAUGCAGGAUAUGACAUGUGCCUUCGGGAACCUCUCCUCCUAAACUGCUGUUUUCUGCUUUGCCGGGGUGGGGUCAAACCAAUGGACCUUGUCUCUGUUACAACCAGCCCCAUUGCUUCAUCAUCCACAUCCAAUCAGAACGGGCACUCACCUGCACCCAGGAGGCUUUUUUCUUUCCUUUCUGUGGCAUGGGGUUUUGUGUCUGAUGUGGACAUUGAGAGUGAGCGCUACAGAGGGCUGGGCUCUGCGCGGUUUACACUGGGAACACUGGUUAGAUUGGCUUCUCUACGAUCCUAUAAGGGACGUCUUUCCUACUUGCCACCUUCUAUUUUCAAUCCAUCCCCAGAUGCCACACCUCAGCCUCCCCGCAGGCCUCUUUCACGCAGCAUUACGGAGGGUCUAGAGGGAUUUUGUCGCACACCCAUCCACCGGACCUGCUCCGACAUGGGCCUGAGUGAACAAAGAAGCCUCCGAAAAGGAGAUGGGGAGAGAGAGAGGGAGCGAGAGAGGGAGAGGGAGAGGCAAGAGAGAGAGAGGGAGAGGGAAAGGAGGAGAGAGAGGGCAAGGGGCAUAGGAGUAGUGAGAGCUAGCAGUCUAGCAGAGGACAGAGAGAGGGAGAUAGAAGCAGAAGAGAAAAUGGAGGAGACAUCAGGGACCAGCUCAGAAUAUAAUGGAAAGGAGGAGUGUGAAAACAUAGCCAGUAAUGAUGUAGCGAAUAAAGGGGAAAUAAGAGAACUUGAAGGGAAUGAGUUGAGUGAGAAAGAUGGCGUUGAUGAAGAAAAGGAGGUAAAUGAGUGUGUAGGGAGUUAUCAGACCACGCCACCUGACCUGCAACAUGCACCACAGAAAAAUUCUGCACCCUCGAGCCAGAUCAUUAAUGCCUUCUUCAGCCAGCCAAUCGGUGUUGACACUGACCAAGACUUGGAGCUGGCAGCCUAUGGGAAGGAGGAUGAAGAUCAAAAUGGCACCUACUUUCAGAGAGAGGCGUAUCCACUGGACAAGUCUCGCGAGCGAGCCCUCACCAUCUCUUCGUCUCCAUUCCGUCAGUCUCCUUUUAAAUCUUUCAAAACUAAAACUUUGGACCACAACCAGAACCCCUCACGGCCACGCCCCCUCUCCCUCCUGCACCAAUCUCAUUCAAACUCUCUCCCACCCAAAUUCCCAUCCCUUUCUCUGUCCCUCUCACCAACCCCUCCUUCAUCUCCAUCUUGCGCUUCUCCCCAUUCUUCUUAUCUCACCCCACGUCCGAACACCCCCAGCUCCUCUUCCUCAUCACCCUCCUUUCACUCACCAACCCCGUCCUUCAACUUUGAUCUCGCUGAGCCUGCAGGGCCCCUGAAGAACUGCCCUCACAUGUCAUCCUCCAUUAACCUGCCAGAGGAUGACCUGCUACCUCCUCUGGACCAGCCUCUACCUACACGAGACUGGGUCACGAUUGAGGGUGACUUUGUCCUGGUUCUUGCCAUCUACCAGUCCCACCUGGGAGCUGAUCUUUUUGCUGCUCCUCAGGCCCGAUUUGAUGAUGGGUUGAUCCAUCUGACGUUUGUGCGGGCUGGGAUCUCCCGGGCAACCCUGUUGAGACUGUUCCUAGCAAUGGAGAGAGGAGCCCAUUUGUCUGUUACCUCUCCCUAUGUUAGUCAUGUUUCUGCUCGGGCUUUCCGUCUUCAGCCACUUUCACCUCGAGGAACCCUCACUGUAGAUGGGGAGCUGGUGCCAUAUGGUCCUCUGCAGGCACAGGUUCAUCCCUCCAUAGCCCGUUUGAUUGUCGGGGACUCGGGAGUAAAGAUUACAAGAUUCUGACCUGUUUGGAUUUGCCCAGGCAGGGAUUAACAUCAUGAUCUGGGUUACAUAACAUUUUGCCAUCCACAUACUGGGGGAGAGACAAACAGCUAGCCAGUAGUUGCAAUCACUGCUUUUACUAGGAUUAACCAAGGGGUUGCUUAUUCAAGCUGCAUAUGCAAGGAGUAUUGCGGAAUUCAACAAAGGGAUGAAAAUUUGCGGCCUAUUGCAUGACUGUAGGAUUACCACUUGGAUUACCGUCACUUUAGCCUGAGAGAGAGAAAACAGCAAUGUCUGGAUAAAUGUGGAAACAGCGAAACUGAAUGUUUCAAACUGGUGUAUACAUUUUAGUAUGCAUUUGUGCAUAGAUUCUCAACAGUACUGCUGCCUUAUUUCAGAGAAUGAGAAAAAAGUCACAGACAGAACACUAAAAACAAUGCAGGCUUUUAGGUUUGCUACACGUACGUCCAAAUAUGGCUUCACCCAUGUCACAUAAUAGGUACCCCUGGAAUGCCUUAUUUGUCUCUGAACACCCCCACCCCAUUAGUAUCACACUUAAUCCAAAGACCUCAUUUAGCAAAGAUGUAUCUACAUUCUCCAUCCAGCUCUUUGGAAAACUUCCAUUGUUUCAUGGGACUAAUCAGAAACGUAAUCAGUUUUCUCUUGUGUCCUCGCAAACUUUCAUGCUUUGAGCAGAAUUAUGUCAACAAUGGUAUUUUUGGCGGGUAUUUUUAGGACACAAUCAUUGUGUUGAUUGAGUAGAACAGUUAAAUGUGGACUGUUAUGCUAUAUAUUGCAUUGCUAGAUUGUGUAUGAAAGCAUGCAAUGGCCAUUAUAUUAUUAGGUAACUAGCUAUAUGCAUUGCAAAGAACACUGAAAGCAAACUUUCAUUUUGGGGUUGUUUUUUUAUGAUUUGCAUUAAAUUUGCUCUCAGCUCUCA